ACCUCUGCUGAACACUAAAAUUGCAUGGUGGAUAGAGAGGCGACCGCGGACAGACUCAGUGAGCCCUAUUCACGUGUGUCUUGCCUGGGGAUACUCCGCACCGCACUCCGCACUCUCGAACCGAUCGCUGGAAUAACUGGUCCUCUAAUGUGUCGACAGUACAGCUACUAGCGCGCUGACUACUACUACUCAGCUAUGUUCUGAUAUUAUGUCGAUAUGUACGGUAGCUAGCCAGCUGGGCAGACUAGCCAAUUAAACUAUUUUUUUGUAUAUCCAUGUGGUCAUUGUAUAACGAAUGACCUGUGCAUAGCAAGCUGGCUGGCUAGCUGAUUAAACUUUGGUUAGGGUAAUAGAGCAAACUUUUUUUUUACAGAAUCUGUGGAAAACUUAGCUGUAACGUUAGUUUAGCCACACAAUGGAAGUGGAUAACGUCUUGCCGGAUUUUAAGGAUAUCGAGUCAAAGCUGGGUCGCAAAGUUCCUGAAGGUCUUAUCCGAUCACUCACAGAAGGGGGUCUUCACGAAACAAAAGAUGAGAAGGAGCCGGCGUCACCGAUUGUUUCUGUUACCAAAGCAAAUACGGGUGAUUUAAAGCGCUUGGAAAACAAGAUGAGGUUUUUAAAACAAGAAAUGGCUCACCUCCGUGCAAUUGACAUCAAGCUGAUGCAUCAGUUGCUAUCCAUCAAUGAUGGCAUUGAGUCCAUAAAAUGGGUGAUGGAGGAGAAGGGAGCUCUGGCAAGCAGAGACAGCAGCCUGACCGGCAGCCUCUACAGUCUAUCAGAGAGCCAGGAGAACUCCCUGAGGGGCAGCUGCAACAGUCUGCAGGAUGGCAGCGACCUGGACGGAAUCUCCAUCGGCAGCUACCUGGACACCCUGGCCGAGGACCUCUCGGGUCACACUUCCCCAACUGACAUGGACCACUUCUCUGAUGGACCCGUGUUCGAGGACAAGUUGGAAAAGUCCCCUUUGCACAAAGACCUCAAAGUAGACUUGGAUGAAUACUACUGCUUUGGAUAACACGGUUCUUUUAUUGAUGGUCUAAGAUGCUUUUUUUUUUUUUUUGGUGGUUAGUGUUGUCUCUUGCUGCUGCCUAGAGCAUGGAAAUGAAGUCACAUUCUUGGAUUUCACAGGUCAUAGGUAACCUCUUGCCUCGUGACAUGCUAACAUCUAUUUCAAUUGGGAAUUCAAUGAUUGUGCAGGGUUUGAGUACAAAAGUUCUCCUGUGCAUCGCAAUGGUUGACAUACAGUAUACGCAAGCUUGACCUUAAAUAAGAGGAUGACUGGAAUUUGCUUGAGAAUUGCCUUCUGUGCAUGCCUCUUACUCAGCUCUGAUACCUCAGUGUCUUCAGUGAGUAAGAGUACACGGUGCUGUUACACCCAGUUUCUUAAUUAACUCUCUGAACCAAGUAAUUUAGUAAUAAGGGAUUAUGGGAUUAUUUUGGUAUUACCAGUCUUUGUGGUAUUAGCAAUUUCCUGCUGCUCUGUGGAUUUUUGAGACCUGCUCUAGAGCACUUAUAUAGGAGAUGCAGCAUGGAUUGAAAUGGAAAACAUUUCCUAG